GGUUUCGUCCCUUCAUCCCCCCCACCUCCCAACCCAAUGGAUCCUGACACCGAAAUCCAAUUCGAGUUCUUCCCCUUCAUUCGCCGCUACAAGAGCGGCCGCAUCGAGCGUUUCUACUCCGCCGACCCGAUCCCCGCGGCCAUCGACCCCGAAGGCGUCUCCUCCAAAGACGUCGCCAUCGACCCCGACACCGGCGUCUCCGCCCGCCUCUACCUCCCCAAUCUCCCCGACACCCCUCCAAAAAAGCUUCCAGUCUUUGUCUACUUCCACGGCGGAGGCUUCGUCGUCGGCUCCGCCUUCAGCCCCACCACCCACGCGUACCUCAACUCCCUCGUAGCCCAAGCCAACGUCAUCGCCGUCUCGGUGGAGUACCGCCUGGCCCCCGAGCACCCACUGCCUAUAGCCUACGAGGACUCCUGGGCGGCGCUCAAGUGGGUGGCGUCCCACGCUGCGGGCGGUGGCGCGGAGGCGUGGCUGACCGAGCAUGGGGAUUUUGGACGCAUUUUCUUGGCUGGCUGCAGCGCGGGUGGAAACAUAGCCCAUCACAUGGCGCUGCGCGCGGGUGCUGCGGAUCUCGGACCUGGGGUGAGGAUACGAGGGAUGGCACUGGUCCAUCCCUACUUCGGUGGGAGAGACCCGUUACCUUCGGAGUUGGUGGAUAAGGGGUUGAAGGAGAAGAUGGAUGGGAUGUGGGUGUUGGCUUGUCCCGGCACGGUAGGGAUGGAUGACCCGCUGGUGAACCCGCUGGCGGAGGCGGCGCCGAGCUUAAAGGGAUUGGGGUGCAAGAAGGUACUGGUGUGCGUGGCGGAGAAGGACGUGUUAAGGGAGAGGGGGAGGGUGUAUUACGAAGGGGUGAAGAGGAGCGGAUGGGGAGGCGAGUUGGAGUGGUUCGAGUCGGAGGGGGAGGGGCACGCGUUCCAUUUCAUGAAGUUGAGCUGUGAGAAAGCUUUGGAGCUGAUGGAACGUACCGUGAAGUUCAUCAAUGACAGCUGAAGGUGUCUGUGUUGUUUUCUGAUUCCCUGGGUUGUAUUCACACAGGAAGGUGUCUGUGUUUUGUCUUCUUCUUUUUAACGUCUCCUUAUGGUAAUCUGAUCCCGUUGGUGGUCGAAUAAAAAAACAUGGAUGACCUUUUUAUACUAAUAACAUUUUUAUAUAUUUUAUAAAAAAGAUAAUUUUACUUGUC